UUGUUGGAGUCGCGUGACAGGGCGACGUGAUGAGAGUUGACUGCUGUUGGGACUCGCUCGGGUGACCGAUUUUAAUUUAUUGAGAGUUUGUUUUACUUCUUCAAUGUAAUUUAAACGCCGCUUUUAGUUAGUCGCUAAAUUACCACCUUUCAAGACUGCCCAUUCAGUUGCAGAAGAUGAAGACGGAAGCUGAAGACGGUCGCGCCGACGGCGGCUUCUUCUCUCUCGACUACGGGGCGUGGGACGUGCGCGUGGCCCUGAUCGGAGGCGGCUUUGCGCUCUACUCCUGCGUGUUUCUGCUCACGCACCUCGUCUCCCAGGCGCUGAGCGUCACCUACAACAGCCUGCACUCGCAAGAACGCGCGUUUUGGUCUCUGGCAGCCACGCGGGCCGUUUUUGGGGUGAAGGCAACUUUCGCAGGGCUUUGGACACUGCUUGCCGAUCGCUGGCUCUUCGAGGGUCUGGUUUGGCGGCAGUGCUGGUGGAGCUGGGCACUCAUCCUCACCACCGUGGGCUUCUUCCUUUUCGAAAACCUCGCCCUGCACGUGUCAAGCGCCGUGUUCGGUGGCCUCGACCUGGGACUGGCAGUCCACCACGCUCUCAGCGCUCUCGGCUUCCUUACCAUGGUGCUCUGGGACUCCACGGGCCACUACUUGGCCAUUGUGAUCCUCCUACUGGAAAUGAGCACCCCAUUCACCUGCAUCUCCUGGAUGCUGCUCAAGGCUGGCUAUGCCAAAACUCUGCUGUGGCGAGUCAACCAGAUGGUGAUGAUCCACAUGUUCCACGGGCGUAUGUUCCUCACCUACUACUUGUGGUGGGAAAGCUGGAGACAUCGACAGGACCUUGUGAAUCAUGUGUCCCUCCCUACAUUGGUCAUUUUCUACACGGGCCUGCUCGUGCUGACAGUCUAUCUCAACCCAUACUGGACCUACAAGAAGACUUUGCAGUUGACAAACCCUGUUGAUUGGAACUUUGCCAAUAAAGACAUGAACAGAAAUGGCCACAAAGUUGCAGAUGUGAUUAACAGGAAGCAUUCGUAGGAUUGCAGCUGUAUUCAUGCCACUGUUUUUUUAAGCAAGACACAUAGGUAUUAAAUUUUGAUCCUACAGAUAACACUGGUGACUCAAAUGUAUUUUUAGAGAUCAGAUUGAGAAAGCCUGAGAUGUGUGUGAUGACAUGCAACAUUUUCGUGGUAUUUGACGACUGCAGUCAGUUCGAACUGGCGAAACGUCGUACUCGGAUUGUAAACUGUUGUGGCUUUGCUCUCCAACACACACCGGUGUGCUGAACUAGUAACUAAUUGGCAUGUAUUGUUUACGUGACAAACCUUACUAAUUGGCUGUGUGGUUAAUGACAUUUACGCAAUCUAACCCAAAAAUACCUCUUCUGAUAAUAUUGGUCACGAGAGCCGACGUGUUCAACUGAGUUUUGACCAGUGCUUCCAAAUAGCUGAGACUCGAGCACUGAUUGAUGCUCUUUAUAAUGGCCAAGAAUCGACCCAAUUAAUUCAGACUUGGGAGAGUGGCAUCUGUUGGAACAGACCCCCAAGAUACAUGCUUCUAUCCUCUACUUGUGCUUAGGCCUCAGUUGAAAGAACCCUUCGUCUAGAUGCACGGUACUUGCAACAAGAGAUUGUGCACUUUAUGCAGAUUGUAGCUUUCAUAUUUUUCCUUACUGGUGCCGUCUGUGAUGUAUUAAUGCUUACUGUUUGAAAUGUUGCAUGUUGAAUCAAGCUCAGUUUUUGCAUGCAAUUUUACAUAUCCCAUCGGGUUAUGUUAAGCUGAUAUAUUUUUUUUAUUGUGCUUUAAACUUAUGGUCUGUUACAAGGCCAUUCACUAUCCUUAUGUUCUCCUUUACAUCCUUCCAGCUCCGUCACUUCCAGGGAGUGUCAAAGCUUCAGGACAUGGAGUGGUGGGAUGCAAGCGUAGGGUUUAGGAAAAGCUCAGUUACUGCAUUAAAAUCAAAUCACUUUGAUAUUCGGAGACUUUAUUAAUGUAUGAUGUGUACUAAAAUACUUUAUUAGUAGAUUGUAAUAUGCAUAUUUCAAUCUAUCAAUCAUGACGAUCUAAAAACUAAUAUAUUUACAUACAGUGUGCUACUUGUAAACAGUUGUUUAAGAAUAUAUGAGUAUAUGGUUGCUGGUUUUAGGUGAUAGUUUUUAAAAUUGUUUUGUUUGGUAUUUACAUAAUCGACUGUUAUUUGCUGCAAUAACGGUAUAACUAUAAUUUGUAUAGCUGCUAAACAUCACGUGCUACUGGGAAUGUCAAACAGAUAAAGAGCAAACACCAACACAUUUGCUAUAAAUUGUGAUGAUUUUAGGGAGUGUAAAUCAAGCAAUAACACAUUUAUUGAGUGAUAAUACCUUUAUAAUUUUAACAGGUGAAAGAGGUAAUGAAUUACAUGAAUGCAACUGGAAAUGCAGCUUACAAAGGUAAAGCAAACAUCGAUGUAUGUUUAAAUAGAUCUCAGUCAUGGUUUUUUUUACCUCUGUGUGAAAACGUAGUUUACAUUUAUACUUUCAGGCAUUUAGUGUAAACGUGGUCAAUCCUCUGAGCAUUGACUUUGUAGGUAUUUAAUUGGUUGUGAUUAGAGGAGAAAUUGUGUCUUGAACAAGGCUUUGAACAUGAGAGAUCGCUGAGACAGUAGAAUGAAGAAAUCCCCCACUGGUGGGAGGCUAAAUGUGGCUUUGUGGAUUUACAGUUGUUGGCAUUUAAGUUAACAUCCUCAUUAGCAGCCACAAUGGUCUAUCCACUGCUGGAUGGAACCCUCCCCACACAUUGCCAUCCCUCAUUUGCCUUGACAAUCUAUCUCGCUAAAAAUAUUAUUUCCAUGAAAUGCUGUGGAUUUGUGGCAUAAAAUACUCUGGUAUAUUUAUUUUGUUUAAGACUUGCAUGCAAGUUGGACUAGAGCAGAUGACAAAAUACGUACAUUUAAUUUAACAUUUCAAACAGCUUUUCACGUGAAAGUGAUCAAGCCAUUAUGUGCAUGCUAUAGGCCAUUAACUGAUGUGACAUUUUCAUUAUACCAAGUUUUUUUCCCUUUUAGAAACCUAAAAUUAAGGCAUUUUGAUACAAAAUAAUAUAUUUAUAGCCGCACGUAAAUAUAGCUUAGGUUUUUUUUACUGCAAAUUCGAAUGCACUGUCUUGUAUGUGAACCAGGCAUUUAGGAACAGGUUUAUGAUGACACUUGCUUCAUGUCAGUCCGGGUUUGGUUAAACAUUCUAUGAUCGCUGCAAUAUUGUAAAUUAUCUUUCAGAUCUAGGUAAAAUGCACAACGAAUGAAAAGCUGUAAUUGUCUACUUUUUUGUAGUUUAGUUAAAUGUAGUAUUUUUCCCAUAACUGUUGCACAGUGGAACAUGUUUCGAUGCUAUAUUGGAAUGACACCUAUUUUAUUUCACAUUUGUUUGAGUUUCUCUAAAGCUACGAGUGUAAUAUUGAAAUAAUUUCAAUACUUUCAAUGGAAGGUAAUUUUUUUAUUAUGCAGAUGUUUUUAAAGAAUGUAUCUCUUCUAAAAUAGUGGGUAGACAGGACCCACCCGUAUAACACAUCUCAAACUCAAUGAGUUUGAGAUGUGGGGUGCCAUGGUGGCGAGAUGUUAAAUACCUCGUCUGGUAAUGCAGGAGGUCUUGGGUUCGAUCCCGACCUUGAUGCCUGUUGUAUAUUUGGAGUUUGCGUGUUAUCCCUGUGGUCCGUGUGGAAUUUUCUCCGGGUCCUCCGGUUUUCCCCUCCACAUUUAGAAUAAACAUGCUUUUCGAGUAUUUGGUUGAAAUACAUUUCCACAUGAUAAGCCACUUCGUUGAGAUAUCAUUUGUGGGCAGGUUGCUUUUGAAACAGAGCUAUAUAGCUCAGUGGGCCUUACGUGCUAAAUAGGUUUAUUCACAAAUGUGCAAACUUAACAUGACAGUGGUAUAUUUAGACGAUGUUUAGGUACCACAGAUUUUACUGAGUUAAUCAAGUAAAUACAUCUCUGCUGUGUUAUAGCAAUAUCACAUUUUCGAAUCAUUUCCUGAUCUCGGUUUAUGAUGAGAAUUUGUUUUAGAAAAUGUAACAAGAUAUUUUGUAUGAUAUGUUGAUUUAGUGUUUGAUCAAAUAUAGCCUAGUAAGGUAGCGUUGUGGCUUUGAUCAGCUCUGAGCUGGCACUGAUAAGAUACUCAAUUUAGAUUUAGGCAGCUGCCUGUGAUUGAUUCUCAAUCGUUGUGAGUUUAUAGUCGCAAAUGACUAAAAUAACAAUUGGAAUAAAUGCGAUUCAGCACUAUAGCUACAUUCCAAAUCUGAGAACUUAAAAUGUUGAUUUCACUGCCACGUGACGAACGUUACUUUUAGUGCCAGAGUGGGUGGGAAAGUGCUGUCCCCCCUCAAGUUACCUGUUCCUGUGUGUAAGAGGUCACGUGAAAGGAUCUCGGGGCAGCUGCGGUGUCCAUUUCUAUAGGGCGUUCAACAAUGCGAAGGGUUACAUUGCAGUCCGAGAGAUACAAAUGGAUGUGACGCAUGACAUGAUACCGAUACAUUACUCGCAAUAUUUGUUGAUACUGCGUUGGCAGUGGUGCACAAGCACAAUUAUAUAUAUAUACAAAACUCACGUGAAUAGUAUUGCCAGAUGUGAAGCUUUCGUGACUGCAGGAAUUACUCUUUGGUUCUUUCGGUAAAGUCACGUAGAAAGAAAUUAAAUUAAUAAUAGAAUACGACGACGUUUGAUUGCAACACAAUCAACCAUCAUCAGGUACAAACGAAUGAGAAAACAAACAUAGUAAACUUGGAAAUAUAACGCAAUACAACACAGAGACUCGGCUGUGUUUUUGACUAAUGUGUUUCAUGAUACCGAUAGCACAAUUUGGAAAAAAGAUUUGUAUACACUUUUUUUUAUAUGUUUGUGUAGUGUUGAAUCCUUAAAGUGUCAGUACAUAGAAUUUUGUCCACAUGCAUUGUAAAUGGUUUUCGUUUAAACUCUAAUAAUAUAUGGCAUAUUAUGGAGAACACUUGUUUUUGUCAUUGCUGCCCAAUGUUUUUCAUUUAACUUGAUUGUCAUAGUACUGUUGAACUGUUUUGUGCUGUUCUUUUACCUGCCCAGGUUCAUUUGCAGUAGUGGUAAGGAUUUAGUUUUAAUGUCUAUGUCAUUACUGUACCUGAAUUGAGUGAAGGACACUAUAUUUUCCAACAUCCGAGUGUGAUGACACCACUAUUAAUUAUAAGGGAUCUUAAAACAAGUCAAGUAUAACAGGAGUGGCUCUAGAAGAUAAUGCAAUCUGUCACCACAAACACAAUGCCUAAUUAAAUGAUUCACAUUCCAGAAUUAUUUAAGUUAGUAAUCAGGGAUUGUGUAUAUCUACCAUUGUUCAGUUUGAACUUAGCAUCUUCCAGUAGCUCCUAUAAAGGGUACGCUUAUAUUGACAAUCAAAGUUUCACAUCACCCUUUGGGCUGUUAAUCGCAAUGCACCACGUGAUAGUGGAUGUUAAUACACUAGCAGUAUUCAAAGAGGACAUCACAACGUAUUUUGGGUUGGAAUAAAUUGAUAACUAAAUUA